GCGAGCAUCCAUUGCGUGUCGACCGGGCCUUGUCGGUCAGUUUGUUAGUGGCCACCCGAGAAAGCAGAACCCUAGCCAUCCGAUUGGCCCUGUUAGAACCGAUCGUUCCGUUUUCGUGUUUGCUCGUUUUGUUGUCUGUUGUGUCAAGCACCGCACCUUCAUGUACACUUUGCCGUCGGUUGGAAGCAGCUAACAUGAGGAAAAUUGAGUGGGCACCGUUGAAUGUGCCGCUGAGGCGACGCCUUGAAACGCUGAGUGCCUUCUGUAUCAUGACUUUGUUUUUGUUCGGUGAACUUUGGUUACUGCUGUAUUAUGUGUAUUUAUUGAUAUUCGGAGGUUUGCUGGCCAAAACUUUUUGUGUGAUCUACGGUAUUUUCAUUUACUACGAUCGGGAAGCUGGUGUCAACUGUGGACGUGGUCAAGGCUCCAAAUGGUUCCGAAACAUGUAUGUCGUGAGGCUGUUCCAGUCCUAUUUCCCUGCUACACUUCACAAAACGGUGGAUCUUCCAGCGGACCGGAACUACAUUUUCGCCGCUUUUCCACACGGUGUACUGAGCUUUGGAUGCUUCGCCAAUUUCGGUACGGAUACAACGGGUUUCUACAAACUGUAUCCGGGAAUUCGUACCCGACCCUGUACUCUGAACUUUCACUUUGUCAUUCCGUUCUAUCGAGAAGUUCUGCUCAGCUGGGGACUCGCAUCGUGCGCCUCCCGGAGCGUGCUGAACAUGUUGACGGCCUCUAACAAUCCACAUCACCCAACAAAUCGAGAUGGAUACACUUCCAACGCGGUGGUACUAGUCGUAGGAGGCGCUGCCGAAUCCCUGCACACUAGACCCAACAAUUACCGGUUGGUGCUGAAAAACCGAAAAGGAUUCUGCAAGAUUGCCCUCAAGACGGGUACUUCGAUUGUGCCGGUGAUCAACUUCGGCGAGCUGGAUCUGUACGAUCAGCCACCGAAUCCCGUGGGUUCUAAGCUGCGGAACUUUCAGGAGUGGGUAAAGAACCGGACCGGAAUAGCGCCGGCAGCGUUCCGGGGACGUGGUUUCUUCCAGUACACCUACGGUAUAAUUCCGCGGCGAAAACCACUCAACACUGUCAUUGGCGGUCCGGUGGAAACGGAAAAAAUCGAAAAUCCCACCCAAGCGGAUGUGGACGAACUGCACGCCCGGUUUUGCACAGCACUGGAAGAUUUGUUCGAAAAAUACAAAGUCAAAUUUGUGGAGAAUUACAAAAAUGUUAAGCUGGUCCUAGAGUAAGAAAACCGUAGCUUCCAACAGCAAUGACAGAUGACUAGUCGCAAUCACCCCGGUGGCACGAUUGUCAUCUGCAUACAAUUGGCUUGAAGCCGAAAUUUUUGGUUCUUUUGGUUCUAGUUCGCUGUCAAAUGCUGUGUUUAAGCAGUGUUCACAUCUUUCUUCAUGCGGUUGCACCAACAUAAGGAAAUGAUUUCGAUGGAAUAUAAUCAAACUAUAACAAACCACUUUUUUCUUAUUCAAAAAGAGGUCAAAUUACUUAUUUUGCAGAGAAUACUAGACAAGAGUUAUAUUUAUAUUGGGUGUGAAGAAAUUAACUUUUGACACCAGUGUGGUUUGAUUGUAUGGUAUGAACGUAGCUUAAAAUAUUGUUGACAACAACGCCACCAAAACAAAAUGCGUCGGUUUCAGGAACCAGCUUCCAUAGCAGGGGGGUGGUCGCAAUACAGUUAUUUUUAUAUUCUUGAAAAAUGGUGCCAAUGGGAUUAUUAUUAAGUAAGUAAAUGUUAGACAAAUACAAUACAUGGCUGAA